AUGGCCUCUCGAGCGAGCCUGCUGCUGCUCCUCCUCUCCGCCUCCUCUGCCGCCACCCUCGGCGUCGCGUCGGGCGGCGUUGCUCGCGACGCGCUCUUCACGGAGCUCGACCGGCUCCCAGUCUUUGUGCUCGCCAACGCCGGCCGACAGCCGCUGCAGUACACGCGAGACGGGGUCGACCUCGCCCUCUUCUACGAGGACCCACGCGACGCCGAGGCUGCGCUGGUUGAGGCAGUCGACUCGUACCCCACGCUCGGCCUCCGGCUGCAGCCGACAGGGCUCGGAGGCGCACUCCGCCUCGCCCUCGACGGCGGACGCGCGGUGCUCGUGCCGGGCGGGGCCAACCUCGCUGCGGCCAAGGCGCUGCCUCCGAUCCUCGCUAGCGGCGCAGAGGCUUGGGGCGCGGUGGGCACGCUGCCGCUCUUCGGGUGCCGCGCGCUGCGGAAGCCGCUCGACGACGAGCCGGGGGCGCUGGACGCGCGGGAGGCACUCGCCGCCGCCGCAGGGACGGACGACCCCGCUUCGCGCGGGCUCCUGCUGGAAGCUUGCGCGCUUAGCAGCCUCGCUGAGCAGCUGGUCGCAGGACGAGUUGACGGCCCUUUCCUGUUCGUGCCGUCGCGCCGCGCCGCUCGGUUCUGCGCCGAGCUGCAAAGCGGCGGCUCCACCGCCGCUGUGCCGCCGACAGGAAGCCGCACCGCGCCGCAGAUUCCUCUCUCGCCGUCUGGGCCACACAAUCCAGCCACCUACACUCACCGAUGGGGUUGGUACAAGAGUUGCCGUUUCGCCCUUCUCGCGUAA